UGGCCAGAUCUGUAAUAGAACACAGAAUUUUCAAAAUGUAGCCACAAAACAUCCCUUUUGUAUUCCAAAUGUGGGCGUCUCGUUAGUGUGUGUAACACAACACAUUGUUGAUCUGCCAUAGGUGUGCGUGGUGGCGUGAUAGGUGGUAACUACUAGCUAAAAAAACAAGUUUCCCUUCCUCCCACAUGGGUGACUUGUGUCAACACACUACUACUACUGUCGGACACAUCAAGCAACAUGGAUCAAUUCGUCAACGUCAUCUUGGUUUUAUUUAUUUUAAACCAUUAACAAUGCAAACAUUGAGGUGUGUGUUGUGGCUGGGAAUUGUCGCCAUGUUGGUUUUGGUGUGUCCACGGCUCCUGGACGGGAAGAGCUUUUCAUGCCAGAGGGCAGAUCAAGAUGAAUAUUCUAAAGACCUCUGCCCUGUGAAAACCACCCGUCGAGACUCGAACACCAAAUGUGUCACUGUCCAUGUUGGCGUAGAAGAUGACGACUUUAGUCAGGGUCCAACCAUUGAAGUCCGUUCCUUGGGGAAAGAGAUCAUCCGGCCUGUCCUGAAAUACAAAAGAACUCGGAAAAAGUGGCACGUGAAAAAGAACCCAGAUGAAAUCCGAGUUUGGUGUAACGAGGUUACCCAAAAUCGCCAACCACACAGCAAUGGUAGUUUAACCCUGUGGGAGCUCGUUUAUGACUGUGUGAUGGCUGAGGUGCAACAUCCUGUCACCGUUUCCUACAGCACAACAUCAAUGAGCUGCAGCAUUAAUUACACCAUACCAGAUCCCAUACCAAACUUUCAUUUGUCUGUGGACAAUGCAUCUAAAACCUUCAAUCUAACGGUAGAGUCUGAGGAUAAAGUCCAUGCAAGGUGGUGCUACAAACAGAAUGCACACUACUGCAUUCAAGGGUCACAUUCCAAUCGAACUACUAUUGAUCCAGCUCAAUCAAACUCUGCUCUUCUCAGAUUCCCCUACCUACUUCCAUGUGUCUGUGUACAAGUAUAUUACACAUUCACAGAUGCCCGGCGGAAACCGGUGUGCCCUUUUCACACUGACACUGUGGCAGAUGCACAAGAUGUUUGGCUAUCCUCUGAAGUGCAAUUGUUCGAGUCCAGUUUUACUUGGACCUCUUUGUGUCCAGCUGGAGACUUAAAGAUCUUUGCUUCCCUCUGCUGGAGGCAUCACAAACAACUCUGCACCCCCUUACUCAACUCCACACUGACAGGGGAAGAAGAUGGGCGGAUGCUGAUAUUCAACACAUCGUCUGUGGACAAACACCCUCAAAUGUGUGUGAAGUUUUCUCUACAAGGCAGCAACAACAUCUCCUGCCCCUUCCAGGCUAAUAUGUCCUCAUGGCAGGCUCGUGUGGAACCCCAGCAGUACAUCCUGUCCGUAUAUCUCACAUCUACUGUCCCGGCCACAUUCUCAGCUCAGCUAUGCAUCCUGACGGAGAAGGAAUGUGCACCCAGAGGCCACAUCUUCUCAGAGAAGGCGGAGGCAACUUGGGAGACCAAAAUAAGAGUACCUCUUCACUUGAUUGCAGAGAGGCCGUGUGUGCAGGUGUGGCAGUCAGAUCCUGCCCUGAAUGGAAAAAGAAUUAUGUGUCCAGACUAUGAUCGCAUCAGGUGGGGUGCACAAGCUGUGGCAAUUUUAAUUCUUCUAGGCAGUGUUGCAAUUUUGGGACUUUUCAUCCAUUCUCUCACCAAGAGGGGAGCUGCAGAUUGGCUGUAUAUCCAGAAACCAGUGUUGCUAGUGUGCUCAUCGGAGCAGUCAGCACACAUAUCUGCUGCGUGUGCCCUGGCUUCUCUGCUUCAGGGGGAUCUGAGUGCCACAGUCCACAUGGCGCUGUCUGCCCAAAGCUCACAAAGACAGGCCGGCACCGGGACUGCUGUAGCGGAUCUGGGACCGCUUCCUUGGCUGUACGGGCAGUGGGAGGCGGUGCGCGAGGCACAAGGAAAAGUAUUAAUCAUCUGGAGUCCCGAGGCUGAAAGGACGUGUCAGAAGUGGUGGGAGCGUACAAGACAUUGCAAAGAUGAGGAGAGCCGUGUGAACAGGAUGGAAGAUGAUUGCAAGCACGAUGCAAGGCGACUGGGUAAACCGAAGAAAGAGGAUUGUGUGAGAACAUGCAAGGACAAAGAAUGUGGGAUGCAGGACAGUCCUUCUGCAGUGAUAGAACCAGUGUUCACAGCUGCUCUGUCUUGCCUAGAGGGGGCGCUACACGAGCGCAAAGUUCAGGAAGUCGCAUUUGUCUACUUCCAGGGCCUCGGCCACAGCAGGGACUUCCCAAAGAUUUUCCGAGAUGUUCCCCGCUACUGUAUCCCUCAGGACUUCAGUGGUCUGAUCCAGGAGCUUGGAGGCAUGAGGAGGAGCAGUACUACAUCUUGGUGGCACUGUUGGCCCAGACUUGUGUCAAAGGGGAUGUCAGUGUGGCUGGUGCGCCAGUUAACAGACAAACUGCAAACGCUGUUGCCUCAGACUCAUAGGACGAAAGGUCCAAAGUGCAGAGUUAAGUAUUUCAGGCGGAUGAUGUCUGUACAAAAUACACAAGGAACAAAUCAAGAGCAUGAGGCUCUCUCGCAAAGGACAGCAGAGAUGCUUUAAAGCAGGGGUGUCCAUUAGGUCGAUCGUGGAAGGUGUGUCAGUCGAUCGCCAGCUAGGCAUUAAAAAAGUAGACCUAAAAAUGAGCGAUCAUUAGUCUUCACAAUGACGUUACUUUCGUCACUUGAUUGACUUUCACAGGACUCGAGGAUCUUGUUAGAUGGCGCUGGCUGCUCCGAGCUCAUUAUUAAGAAAAAAAGACCGGCAGGAAGGUGACAAACAAUUUUUAUUUCAACAGACUCUCGCGCCGUACCUGCUAUCAAAACCCUAAAGACCGACCGCACAGUUACUGUGUUCACAAUAAAAGCGCUGCUCUAUUCUGCCUGCCAACAAAAUAUGAGUCUCAGAAAGCUAGCACACACAAGCUAGAAAGCUACGGAGUUUGGCGUCAAUGUAUUUAUUGUAAAGUGUAUAAAAACAAGUAUGGAAGCUGGACAAAUAAGAUGCCGAAAACCAACCACUUGAAUGUAAUAUUGGACAGAAAGAAGGACUUUUUUUGUCUUCCAUUUGAAAAUGUGGAAGUUAUCUGCACUACUGUCUGAUUCCAAUCAACGCAAGUCAUCAGAAUCAAGUAAUACACCGACUUAUAUUGUUGUCUUCAUGAAAGAAAGGAAUCUAUAUGUGUUAAACAUGCUUGUAUUAUCAUUAAACACCUUUAACAUGUUAACAAAAA